UAUGGGGUUUGAACCACUACAUGCAUUGAAAUUGUGGUCACUCUAGUAUCUACCUAUUAACCAAUGUCCAACAGUUGGUCAGUAACACGCUAGUCGCUGUUAAGAUUGUUGUCGUUUUGUUAUCCACGUUUACUACCGUCUAUGGUUAAUAAUUAUACUAUUUAUUAUUCAAUAAAAUUAUAAAAACAUUUACAAUUUACAUCCGCCGUAUAAAUAAUAAAUUUUAAUCUGUAAUUGACUACCAAUUUUUAUGACCCGAUUACGUUAAAUUACAUAAAUAAUGUGAAUCGUUUUACAUUUACAAUCAAUAAUCAUAUUAUUUUACUAUUUAUUGUUAUUGAAACACUCAAAACUACUUAUGCAUCUCUACAUUUAAUUGUAUUUAAUACAGCUAUUUACUUAAUAUAAUCCAAUAAUUAGUUUUACUAGUUAUUGAAGGGUGGCGUAUAUGAGGUAUUUGCUUACCGUUUGAAUAGUCAAAUUAUCCAAUCAUUCACAACCAUACCAGUCGAGGACUAGAGGUCGUCUCUAAUAGUCAUGGGGUUUUUGAGUUUCAUCGGACUUAUUGUAGUGAUAAAGUUCUUAGUGUAUCUUGUGUUGUUCAUGACUAGUGAUUCAGACCUGGAACUCUGGUUUUAUGACAAGUUUAAGAGAAAUCUUGAUUCUUUUAAAGAUAAGGUAGUUUGGAUUACUGGUGCUUCUAGUGGAAUUGGCGAAGAAAUUGCGUUAAAUCUUUCUAAAUAUGGUGCCAAACUUGUUUUGUCUGCUAGAAGUAAAGACAAAUUAUAUAAAAUUAGAAACCGCUGUAUUGAACUUAGUGAAGGAAAGCUAACUGCUAAUGAUAUACUCGUAUUACCAAUGGAUGUCACUAUUAUAUCUAAACACAAUUCAUUGUUUGAUGAUGUUAUUAACCAUUUCGGCAAACUUGAUAUCCUUGUAAAUAAUGCGGGUCGUUCACAACGAGCUAUAUGGGAAGAUAUUGACCUUGGAGUUGAUAAAGAAUUAUUUGAUUUAAAUGUAUUUCCUAUUAUAAAUCUAUCAAGAAUUGUAGUGAGAUAUUUUAAUCAAAUCGGACAAGGUCAAUUAGUGGCCACUUCUAGCAUUGCAGGAAUUAUACCGGCUCCAUUUUCUGCAACCUAUGAUGCAACUAAACAUGCUCUUCAUGGCUAUCUUGGAGCUUUACGUCUAGAAAAAUUACGUACUAAUAUUCACAUUACUUUAUUAUGUCCGGGUCCUGUUUUUACCAAUUUUCUUAAAGAAAGUUUCACAGGUCGUCCAGGAGAAAAAUAUGGAUUAACACAUUCGCCAACAGACAACAGAAUGAGUGCUGAGAGAUGUGCACAUUUGUCAUGUGUAGCAAUAGCAAAUAAAUUAAAAGAAUCAUGGAUGGCAAAGUUUCCAUUUAUUCUAAUUACAUAUUUUUCGAUAUACUAUCCUGUAAUGUCAUACAAAUUGUAUGAACUCUACGGCUACAAAACCAUUAAUAAAUUGCGAGACAAUCGAUGAUUACAGUAUUAAUUCGAAACUUGAAGAUAUCAAUAUAUUUUAUUUGAAUUAAUACUUAUCUAUUUAAUCAUAUAUUUUUUUCAAGAACUUUAAAUACAUA